AUGAAAAUUAAACUAGUAAUAAUCUUUUACUUAAUCAUCUUACUAGAAGCAUCUACAAUAUCUAAUACAAAAUGUAAAUGUGAUUAAAUCUUAUCACAAUCAGAUUGCUUAAAUCCAUAGAAUAAUUGUCUAUGGGAUUCAGAUAAAUGUAUCACUAAUCCAAAUCCAACUGUUGUUGUUACUAAAAAUAUCACUUAUUGUAGUUCAUUUGCAGAUUCUAUAUGUUAAUCUAUUGUUGGAUGUGCAUGGGUAGAUAAAGAAUGUUAGUAAUUUGCAGGUUGUACUGCUUAUUAUUAUUCAAAGUAUACAGAAUGUUAAUAUGUCUCAUAAUAUUGUUCAACUGAUGGAUUUCAUUGUAUAGAUAUAGGAAAUUGUGUUGAUUACAAAACUGAAACAGCAUGUUUUAAAAAUUAGAAGAAUCUAUAAUGUUAUUGGAAUGUGGAUAAAUGUCAAGAUUUUACAGAAUGUAAUUAAUUACCUCUAUCUUUUUAAUCUGAUAGUGAAUGUAGAUAAUAUUUAUCAAAAUGUACAGUUGGAGGAUAAGGAGGUUGUGUAGAAAGUGAAGAAAAUUGUGAAAAUUAUAAAAUGAUGUCUUAAUGUAGGUGGAAUAAAUUAUAAACAUAGUAAUGUAUUUGGGUAGAUAAUAAAUGUGUAUCUUUAUUAUGUUCAAAUGCACCAAUUACAUAUACUACACAUCAAUAAUGUUAAUAGUUUAUGAAUCAGUGUACAACCUAGUAAAAUGGAGGAUGUACAAAUAUAAAAGGAUGUUCAGAUGCAAAAAUUGAAGCAGCAUGUAUUAAAAAUUCUAAUAAUGAAUCAUGUAUUUGGUUAGAUAAUAAUUGUUAUGAUUAAGUUUGUUUUAAAGCACCUACUACUUUUACUACAAAUGAAUAGUGUUAGAUUAUUGCUAAAAAUUGUAUUACCACUAUGAAUGGAUGUAUUGAAUAAGUUUCUUGUUCCAGUUCUAAUAAUGAAACAGGAUGUAUUGAUAUGACUGAUGGUACUAAAUGCUUUUGGAAUGGUACAUAAUGUGUAUAAAAAAUAUGUUCUAAUAAUACUUCUGCCACAUCUUAAGCAGAAUGUGAAAUAUAUUCUAAUGAAUGUACAUUUAAUGUAUCAUCAUCUAUUGGUUGUGUAGAUAAAAUAUGUGAAAAUAUUACUUAAUAAGAUCAAUGUACAACAGAUGCAUUUAAGAAUAAUUGUGUAUGGAAAAGUAAUUGUUUUACAAAAUAAUGUGUUUUUGCAUCUAAAACAUACAAGACUCAUAGUGAAUGUGAAAUGUAUAUGAUAGGAUGUGUUCUAGAUGAUUCUGGAUUUGGUUGCAUGAAUAAAAUGUUAACAUGUUAAGCUUAUACAAGUGAAAAGUCAUGUUAUUAAACAUAAUCAGGUAGUUAUUGUGUAUGGAAGAAUUCUAUGUGUGUUGAUAGAUAAUGUAAUAUGGCUGAUAGUUCAAUUACAACAACAGAAGGUUGUUAAUAAUAUAAAAUUGAUUGUAUACUAAAUAAUAAUUAAAGUGGAUGUAUGAAUCUUACAUCUAAUUGUAAUGAUAGACUUUUAUAAUAGAAUUGUUAAUUUGGUACAUCACCAAUUUGUAUUUGGAAUAUUAAUAAAUGUGUUUAAUAAUCUUGUGAAACUGCAAAUAUUAUUGGAUCUCCAAAUUAUUUAACAAUUUUCAAUUAAUAAAGUUGCAAUUAAUAUAUGAACAAUUGUGUUUUGAAUAAUUCUAGUAAUGGAUGUAUAACAAAACCUUCAUCAUGUAAUGUAUUAAAUAUAAAUAAUUGUUUUGUAUCUACUUAAAAUGAUUGUAUAUGGACAGGAGGAUAAUGUAAAGAAAAGAUAUGUUCUAAUUUAGUAGGUAGUAGUCAUUAAGAUUGUUAUAAUUAAUAUUCAUAAUGUACAAUUAAUAGUAGUUUAAAUGGAUGUAUUAAUAUUUAAAAAUGUUAAUAAUACACAAUUUCAGAAUAAUGUAAAUUAAAUUAAACAGGAGGAUAAUGUAUAUGGACUGGUUUAUAAUGUAGAGAAUCUGGUUGUAGUGAUUCAACAGAUACUAAUAAUUAUGAUACAUAUGAAAAAUGUUAAUAAUUGAAUAGUUAAUGUACAGUAUUAAGUAAAGUUAAUUAAUAAGGAUGUGUUAAUAAAUUAAGUAAUUGUGUUGAAUAUAAAUAUGAUUAUUAAUGUCAUUCAACAAUUAAUUAAGUUUAAUGUAUUUGGUUAUAAGAUUAAUGUUAAGAAUUAUAAUAAAUAAAUUGUAGUGAUAUUCGUUUAACAACAACAUAUAAUGAUACUAAUUGUAGUUCUGUAUUAUUCAGAUGUAAAGCCAAUAAUUUAACUACAGGAUGCAUAAAUAAAAUAUGUACAGAUUAUUUAUACACAACCAAAGUGGAUUGUGAAAUGAUUUCAGGAUGUACUUUGAAUAAAGAUUAAAAUAGAUGUAUUGUAAAAAAGGAUUUCUGUUCUGAAUACACAUCAGAUUUAUCAUAAUGUAAAUAUUCAAAAGAAGGAGAAUGUGUAGUAAAAGGAACAUUAUGUCUAUAAACUCAUGUUGAAUGUUCUAGUCUUCCUACUCCUUCUGUAAAUAGUGAUUGUUCUGAUAAAAGAGAUUUUUGUAUUAUGGUAGUAUCAGGUACAAAUAAAACAUGUAAUGUUGGUCUAUGUUCAAAUUAUAUUGGUGGUACCAUAUCUUUUGAAACUUGUUAAGAAUAUGAUUAUUCUUGUACUAUAAAUCGAACAGGAACUGCUUGUAUUAAUAUGGCUAAUACAUGUAGUGCUUCAACAAGUGAUAAUUGUGUAUACUCUAAAAAUGAUCAUUAUUGUAUUUGGACAGGUACUGUAUGUAAACCUAUAGCUAUUGCUACAGAAAAGAAUUGUUCAUUAAUGACUGAUCCUUCUUCAACUUUAUCUUAUGAAAUAUGUCUACAAUUAUCAAAUAAUUAUUGUAGUGUCAAUAGAACAAUGAAUGCAUGUACUAAUUUAUAAGCAGAUUGUUCUUUAUAUAUUAAUUUGAAUGAUUGUUAUUAAUCAUCUAGAGGUAGAUGUAUAUAGAAUUAAUAAUUAAAUACAGGUGCUACAUGUAUAAAUAUGUCAAAUUCAAUCUAAUGUAAUUAAAUUUAUUUAGGUGAAUCUUAUACAUACACUCAUGAUAUUUGUCAAAAAUUAAAAAAUACUUGUACAAAUAAUUCAACAAUUGGAUGUUAAGACAAGACUUGUUUAAAUGUUGAUACAAUUAAAACAAGUCAUGCAGAUUGUUAUGAAUGGUUAGCAACAUGUACUAUCAAUUCUUCAUUUAAUGCUUGUGUUGAAAUGAAAUUAACAUGUUAAGAAUAGAAUGCUAAAUCUUGUCUAUGGUCUUAAGAAGGUGAAUGUAUUGUAGUAGAUAAUAAAUGUAUAAAAAUUGCUUGUCAUCUUUUAUCUAAUAAUUUAACAACUCAUAAUUAAUGUUAAAAUAUAAGUAAUAAAUGUACUGUUGCCAAUAAAGGUGGUUGUAUCACUAAAUUAUAAAAUUGUAAUAGUUAUUUAACAUAAAUUUAAUGUAAAUACAAUUAUGUUAAUAAAAGAUGUUGGUGGAAUCCAUCUACUCUUAAUUGUAUUGAUUUUAAUUGUUAAGAAAUAGAAAAAAUUGGAAUAAUUGAACCAGAUUGUCCAUUAUUAAAAUCAUGUGAUUAAUACACAACUACAUCAUAAUGUUUAGUUGAUAAUAACAAUAAAAAUUGUUACUGGAAUACAACUACUAAUAAAUGUCAAUAUAUAUCAUGUAAUGUUGCAUCACUUUCCUUUAAUUCACAUUUAUAAUGUUAAAAUUUUGAUAUUAAUUGUACUGUCUCUAUUAAAUUAGAUGAUUAAUAAUAAUAAAUUAUUUAAGGUUGUCAAGAUAAGAGUAAUAAUUGUACUGAUUAUAAAUUUGAAUAACAAUGUAUUACAACUAAAGAUAAUAAAAAAUGUGCUUGGUUUGAAUCUACAUGUAUUGAAAUGAAUUGUAAUACUGCUCCUAAAACUAUAGAUUAUUCAACUCAUUAAGAUUGUUAAAAUUAUUUAAAUAAUUGCACUGUUUCAUCAGAUCUAUUAGGUUGUAUUGCAAUGCCUAAUAAAUGCACAGAAAUCUCUAAUGAAAUUUCAUGCAUUCGUGAUGCAAGUGGUAAUGAUUGUUUCUGGUAUAAUUCAAAAUGUGAAAUCAAAACUUGUUCUGCUGCUCCACCAGAUUAAAAUACUGCUUAAUUAUGUUCUAGUUGGCUACCUACUUGUACUGCAGAAGAUACUAAUAAAUGUAAAAGACAUACAUGUGAAGAAUAUGAAUUUACAACAGAUUCUUAAUGUAAAACAGCAAUGUCUACUUGUACUACUGAUGGUAUUAAAUGUAUAAAAAGAGGAUCAUGUUCAACAUAUAUAAGUGAAAUAGGAUGUACAAAAUCAAUCAAAGAUGAAUAAUGUUAUUGGAUAGGUACUAAAUGUACAUUGAAAGAGUGUUAAAUAAUUAACAAAGAAAUAGAUUGUAAUUCAAGUUAUAAUAAUAUUAAAUGCAUUUGGGAUUAAGGUAAAUGUAGAAACAUUGGUGAAUGUUAAGAUUAUAAUGGUACUACUCAUUUAGAUUGUUAGAAAUCUAACAUUUCAUGUACUAUUGGAGAAAAUUCAAAAUGUAUGAAAAUAAAAAGUUGUAAUGAAUUCACUACAUAAUUAUCAUGCAUAUAAGGAUUAGAUGGUCCAUGUAAAUGGAUUGAUAAAUUAUCUUAAUGUUAUUAAUUCACUUCAUGUAAAUCAAUAUAAUUUAAAACUGAUUAAGAAUGUAAAUAAAUAUCACCUUUAUGUACAACUGAUGGAUAAAGUUGUAUUCCUAUUACAUUAUGUACUGAAACAAAUACAAAUGGUGGUUGUGUAAGUGGAAUUGAUGGAGAUUGUAUCAAAACUGUUCCUACUUUAAAUUCAAGUCAACCACCAAUUUGUAAAUUAUUUUCAUCUUGUACUGAUGCUUAUUAUCUUACACAUUAAGAUUGUUAAAUUGCUAAUAAAAGUUGUACAACAGAUGGAUUAAAUGGAUGUAUCAAUCUUAGUGAAUGCAAUUAAUAUGUUAAUUAAGCAUCAUGUAAAAUAGAUUCUAUUGGAGUUUAAUUAAAAAAUGAUUUAAUCAUAUCAACUGGAAUUUGUGUUUGGAAUGAAAGUGGAUAAUGUCAAAAUUAAAAUUGUGUAGAUUUAUUAGGUUCAUCUCAUGAACAAUGCACUCUUUAAUUAUCAACUUGUACUUAUGAUGGAACAACUUGUAUUAUUAAAUUGAGUUGUAAUGAAUAUAAACUUUAAAACAUUUGCUCUGUUGCCUAUGGAUUAGAAGGAAAAUGUAAUUGGAAUACUACUUUAGGAAUUUGUUAAAUGUUCAUGUGUAGUAGUAUUAUAAAUGGAAGUACAUUAUAAUUAUGUUAAUAAUCAUUACCAUCAUGUAUUACAGAUGGAUCAAAUUGUAUCAAUAAAGAUAUGUGUUCAUCAUAUAUUACUAAAAUUGCUUGUAGUAUUGGUGGAACUGAUGGUAUAUGUGUAUGGAAUGGAUAAUCUUGUUCCCUAAUGUAAUCAUGUACUUAAGCUGAUUAAGAUUAAGAAGCUUGUUUAUCAGCUAAAGAUCGUUGUGCUUUUAAAUAUGCAACUGGUCUAUCUACUAGUUCAUGUUAUGCUCAUACUUGUGAAUCAUAUUAAAAGACAAAUGGUAAAUGUGAUUCUUUUUAUGAUUGGAAUUUAUCUUCUAAAAGGGGUUGUUAAUUAUUAGAUGGUAAGUGUAUAGAAAUUGAUUUAAACACUCUUGAUUAAUCAAAAUGUUUUACUGUAUCUGAUUAUACUUAUACCUGGAAUGCUAGUAAAAAUAGAUGUCAAUCUUGCAAUGGCUAAAAAGAUACAACUUCUAAUUAGACUACAAAUAAAACCAAUUCCACUUCUAAUACAUCAACUCCAACAAGUACUGUAGAUGAUUUUACCUAAAAUCUUGAAUUGAUUAUGAUGCUAUUGAUUAUGAUUUAAUGA